GUUCAGUUUAGCAUUAUGAAAGAGUUGUGCCUUGUGUUGGCCGAAAGUCAUCUGCAUCGGUAUCUAAUUUCUUUUACUGAACCGAAAGAACAAUAUUUUUCUGAUGUUCCGAGUAUUGAUAGUCGGUGCAGGGCUCACAGGCAGCCUCUGUGCUUGCCUGCUGCGAAGAGAAAUGCCCAGUAAUACAAGUAUUGUAGUGUGGGAUAAAGCCAGAGGCGCAGGAGGAAGAAUGGCAACAAGCAGAAGUCCUAAUGACCCCACAUGUACUGCUGACCUGGGAGCACAGUACAUAACUGCAACACCAUACUAUUCUCAGAAGCAUCAAAGCUUUUAUGAAGAGCUGUUGGCGCACAGCAUUUUAAAAUUCCUGACUGCCCCAGUGGAAGGAAUGGUGAUGAAAGAGGACGGGAGCCGCAACUUCAUAACCCCGCGGGGAAUCUCUUCUAUUGUCAAGCAUUAUCUCGGAGAGUCAGCAGGAGCAGAGGUGUUCUUCAACUACCACGUGACCCAUAUUCACCUCAAGGAUGAGAAAUGGGAAGUCUGCAGGAAGUCGGGGGCUCCAGAGCAGUUUCAUGCAGUUGUCCUUACCAUGCCCGUCCCACAAAUCCUCCAGCUGCAAGGGGACCUUGACAAGUUAAUUGACAGGACUCAGAGGCAGAAGCUGGAAGCUGUGAGCUACUCCUCUCGCUACGCUCUGGGACUCUUCUAUGAAGCUGGCACGGAGAUUGAUGGCCCCUGGGCAGCAAAGUACAUUACCAAUAAUCCCUGCAUACGCUUCAUCUCCAUCGAUAAUAAAAAGCGCAAUUUAGAGUCCACUGACGCAGGCCCUGCAGUGGUCAUCCACACCAGCAUGACUUUCGGACUAGAGCACUUGGAGGAGGGUAAAGAAAAAGUGGAGCCAUUAAUACUGGAGGAGUUGGCACGAGUUCUGCCUGGGCUGCCCAAGCCUGUGAGCACUGAAUGCCAAAAAUGGAGAUAUUCACAGGUGACCCAAGCUGUGUCAGAGAGCCCGGGGCAGAUGACUAUUCAUGCCAGACCCCUGCUGGUCUGUGGUGGAGAUGGGUUCACACACUCCAACUUUGACGGCUGCACAGACUCCGCUUUGAAAAUCCUGGAUGUUUUUAAAUCAAAUCUCUGAUUUUUUUACUACUUUGAGAGACAAACAGGAAUUACUGCCUGUUACUACCACAGUUUUCUGAUGUCUUCAGUUCAAACAGAUCACAUUUUCUAUUUUAAAUCUAAUAAAAACAUUAAAUGUGAGUGCUUUGUAACACAUACAUCCUUUCUCCCAAAUUAAACCAUCACUGAACUUAUUUGUGUUCUCAGCAGUGUAUUUGAAGGCUCAACAUUGAUGGUGUCUCGUGGUGUUUUGAGCAUUGCAAAAGCAACAUGCGUUGCUAUUUCCAAAACAAAAGACUGAAUGUAACUUUGUUUCUCUCACAGAGUCGAUACCAAUACUACAGACUUUGCCAGUACUAAGUUGAGUUUUUUUUUUUUUUUUUUUAAUUUUAGUUGCCAACUAUUUUUAUUAUUUUCUCCCAGUUUGGAAUGGUUUGGAAUUAUUUUUUAGGCUCAGCUCACCGCUACCACCCCUGCGCUGACUCGGGAGGAUGAAGACGAACACACACUGUCCUCCGAAGCGUUUGCCGUCCGCCGACCGCUUUAUUUCACACUGCGGACUCACCAUGCAGCCACCCAAGAGCUACAGCGUUGGAGGACAACGCAGCUCUCGGGCAGCUUACAGGCAAGCCUGCAGGUGCCCGGCCAGACUACAGGGGUUGCUGGUGCGCAAUGAGCCGAGGACACCCUGGCCGACCUAGCCCUCCCUCCCCCCGGGCGGCGCUCGGCCAAUUGAGCGCCACCCCCUGGAAGCUCCCGUCCUCGGUCGGCAAAGGAAUAGCCUGGACUCGAACUCGCAAUGUCCAGACUAUAGGGCACAUCCUGCACUCCACGCGGAGCGCCUUUACUGGAUGCGCCACUCGGGAGCCCAUCUAAGUUAAGAGUUUUGACACACACUGUAUAGUAUACAGACACAGUUUGGAAAUAUCAAAGUUUGACCAAACUGUUUUCAGAUUGAUUUUCUUUUUAUGAAAUUAUACCAGAUGCUGUGGUAAAUACAUUUGUACAAUUACAUUGUAUAAUAUUUGUAGGCUAACUUCAAUUUUGUAAACAUAAUGCAAUAUGUCAAAAGUAAUACAGAUGCACCAAUCAGUUUUAUUUUAUGUGUGUGUGGAUUAGGGGGAUAAUUGUGUGUAUGGUUAUUUGGUUUUAUGCCCCAUAUGUUUACAAAUGUUAACCCCAGCCCCUAACCACCAACCAUUUGAAACAGUUGUCCUUUCAGAACCAAUAAACAAUAAACCAUUUUGUACAGAUUAA